CCCCCCCCCCCCCCCAUCUGAGGGUCCAGCCUGCAGUCACCGGCAGUGUCUCAAGUCUCCAUAGAAAUCAUUCCUCCUUUCUUCGCUGCACCAUCGUCUGCUGCUGAAUCGGUGACCCUGCUGCAGGAUGUCUUCUACCCCAGAGCUGCCCACACUCCUCUUCGCCACGCUGCCCUCCUUCCCCUCCGCCACCCCAGGAGUCCCGACCGUAGAACUCAAUGCCACCUCCUGCCAGGAGUGGGAGCAGGCCCACCACCUCCUCUUCCAUCUGGGGAGCCUGUCCCUGCUGCUGGCCCUGGUCAUCCCCACCACCCUGAGCCUGCACAUGAUCCUGCUGCGCCUCCUGCUGAUGACAGGAUGUGGUUUCUUCAUCUUGUGGGCCACUCUGUACAGGUGCAACCUGGAUGUGAUGGUUUGGAACGUGGUAUUUCUGCUGGUCAACUUCCUGCACUUGUUCUUUCUUCUGUACAAGCGCAGGCCGAUCAAGAUCGACAGGGAGCUGCGGUCCGUCUACAAGCGGAUGUUUGAGCCUCUCCAUGUGAAGGAGGCUCUGUUUCAGAGGCUCACAGGACAGUUCUGCACCAUCCAGACCCUGAAGAAAGGCCAGGCCUACGCUGCCGAAGACAAGACCUCUGUGGACGAACGCCUCAGCAUUCUCAUCAAAGGAAAGAUGAAGGUAUCAUACCGAAGCCAUUUCCUCCACAACAUCUAUACCAAUGCAUUCGUUGACUCUCCAGAGUUCAGGUCCACUGAGCUGCACAGAGGAGAGAAGUUUCAGGUGACCAUCAUGGCAGAGGAGAACUGUAAGUUCCUGUGUUGGUCUCGAGAGAGGCUCACCUUCUUCCUUGAGUCAGAUACUUUCCUCAAUGAGGUGUUCAGGUACCUCAUUGGCAAAGACAUCACCAACAAACUGUACUCUCUGAAUGACCCCACACUCAGUGACAAGGCGGUGAAGAAGAUGGACCGUCAGCCCAGCCUGUGCUCUCAACUGUCUAUGACGCAGAUGAGGAACAGUAUGGCGAGCACCAGCGACACUGAUGAUGUCCUUAACCAGAUUCUACGAGGAGGGUCUACUGGAUCAUCACAGAAAUCCCCUGGCACCAUGACCUCCGCAAAGAUGAAGCCCAUAGAAGAAGGCAUGGAGGAUGAUGUUUUCGAAGAAUCUGGUCCCUCCAAGUCUUGCCGUAUGUCCAGCACUUCCACUGAGGAAGUGUAGGCAGCGGGGGUAGAAGAUCAAAUGCAUAGUGUGUACUGUAGGUGUGUCAACCCAACAACUAGAGCCUGAUCCAUACACCGGUAUGGCCGACAUUAUUAGCAGUGUUAUUUUUCAUAGGUAAAUGGAUAUCUGCCUAUGUGCUGGCAACAAAUGUCAGUAGAGAAAUACAAACAGAGAUAUGUUUGUGUUCAUUUAGAAACAGUGUCUCCGUCACAUCGUUGGUCCAGCAGAGAGCACUGACAAGUUCCUUUUUUCACUGUAAAAUGUUAAGUCAAAAAGAAAAGAAAGAAGAACCUUAUCAAAAAUGUUCAUGUAAAAACAAAUAUUGGUCGAUAUAUUACUAUCAGAUUUUCUUUUUUUAUGUAGGUCUAAUAUUCUCUCUCUUUUAGCUCUGGUUUAGUCUCCACCAACUCCUUAGAAAAUUUCCAGCUCUUUAGCUGCUCAAUGAUCCACUAUGUUCACCUGCUAAUUACUAACUGUGUCUGUCUGCUGGUCGUACAGUAAAGGAGAUAAAGUUGGGGGGCUGGAAAACCAAAACGACGAGCUAAAAGAUGCUAUAAAAGCUCUGUAGAGCUAAGGGGAAUUGCGGAGUUCGGAAAACUCUGAAAAGAGUGAUAACGUUCACAUUACAUUCAGUUAUUUCAUCUAUUAUUAAUGUUAAAAUGUUUAUGAGUGCAGCUUUAAAUAUGAAUAUCAGAAUCAGUCUCUAAAGUCCUGCAUUGGUGAAAGUACUGCUGUAGUCCUGCGAUCCUGGACCGAUACAGUAACUCUCAAAGCAGAAUGUCAAUGUUUUCUUCAUUUGUUUAUGUAAAAUAUAAAUGUCAGGCAUUGAUGCAAAUCCUUAUAUUAUGUUUUUGAUAUUUAGACACAAGCAUUUUCCUAUUUUAAAAACACAAGCAUAUAGGUUUCACAAUUUGAGGGUGUUCUUUGGAAACAUGUGUGAAACAGAAAGCAGUGCACUUCGAGUGCUAAAUAAACAUUUGGGGUGAAAUAUCUUGUCCUGAUACUGUCUGCUGUAUGUUAAAGCUUUGGAUUCAGUUAUUAUUGUGACGUAACUGUUUUAUAACUGCAUGUGAACAGUCAUCUCACUCAGUUGUUUGCCUUUCAGAUCAGUGAUAGUGAGUUGGAACUGAAUCUUCAGUCAGAGAAGGGGUUUGAUCUUCUAGUAUUUUUAGGAAUGGAGCGCCCCCCUGUGGCCACAAUGUGCCAUCCAGUGACAGUUCAGUUCAGUACAGUGGACUCAGUCAACUUGUUGCUUAUUAACCAUCGACAGUGUGAAUAAUACAACAUGUAUCUCUUAUUCAGCAAUGAAGACAAUUCUUUUUGAAAACAUUCUGCCAAACUAGGCCUUAAGGUUAAAUAUGUGUCAGAAUAUGACAGAUCCCUCUCUAUGGUUAAUAUGACAAUAACACCUUAGUUAGUCAGUUAGACAUAUAUAGAUCAGUGGCAGUUAAACAGAGUAUGAUAGACUCUUGCAAUGAGUGAGGGUUAAUGUAUCAUUACUAAAGUAUAGGGUCAGUGUGAGGCCUCGAAAACAAAGCAAUCACAUGUCUUCAUCAAACUGUAAAGCAGUUUGAUGAAGAACAACAACUCAAUGUGAUAAGUAGUAUUAGUAGUAACACCACAAACAAGAAUCAGAUUUGUUUUUGUAUUUUGUUUAUUAUGGGUUGAAAUCAGUUUUAAAUAGUAUUUUUUGUGCCAAUAUUACAAGUCAUAAGGCUGCAAUUAACUAACGUCACCUUUUGAGUAUAUAAACACAUUUGGUUACAUAAUUGCUACUAUUCUUUAUCUUUUCACGUGUUUCUGUUAACAUGGUUUUGUUUUGUGUCGUAUUUUGUACUUUCCUUUCGGUCACCUGCUGUUUUAAAAUGUACCCUAUAAAUAAAUGGCCUUGACUGGGUGUUAUCGA